AGACAGGUGAAUCAGGGGGCUGGACGCCACACAUGCAGCGCUACAGCGCACGAACAGCCACUCACCGCCCUCCGCUGUGGAUUCGCAAGGGUCGCGACGCGCAACGAGGCGCUACAGUGUGUCUCUUCGUAGCGGAUGGCGACAUGCCCUCAGAAUGCCUUCUUAAAACCCUCGAAGUUUGUUGGUAGCGACAGCCGGAGGGACAUACCCCAAAUCUCGCCAAUCGGGUGCAUCAACUGCAGCCACAUAAAGCCCAGCUGAGCCCGGGCUUUGUUGUCAGUAUAGUAAGUGAAUCGGCACCGUCAUCCGAGAGCAUCCUAGCCAAGGAAACACGGAGGAGCAUCCUGAUGCAUGGAGCAAGAAGUUCUUUCAUAUCUCGUCACGACGAACGGCUUUCAGCACUCGGUGUGUCUUGAGCCUUGAAGACCUACUGUCGCUUUGACCUGUGGUUCCUUCCUACUGAUGAUGGCCGAUCGGAGAGGCUGUGGACCCAAGAGUCUCUGGUGGGUUUAACUAAGCUACGGUAGUGCCAGAACCUUUUUUUACCGAUACUGGGAUGCUCUAAAUAAGCAGAAGUUCCGCUGACAGUCGGACCAGCAUGAGGCUGGUGUGGAAGUCCCUGGACAAGAUGAGGUGUCUUCGGAAACGCUCCACCAUCCCCUUCCUCGGCUUCCUCAUCACCUUCCUCCUCUUCCUCAACCUCUAUAUCGAGGACGGAUACGUGCUGGAGGAGGACAAGAGGCAACUCCGGGAAUCGUCAGCGCACCCCACCACCUCAGAGCGAUACGGCCACACCUUUCGGGAACUCACCAAUUUCUCCGGAACCAUCAACGUGACGUAUCGCUAUCUGGCCGGGACGCCUCUCAAUCGCAAGAAGUAUCUUACCAUCGGUCUCUCAUCGGUCAAGAGGAAAAGAGGAAACUACUUGCUGGAAACGAUCAAGUCCAUCUUCGAUCAGUCCAGCUACGAGGAGCUGAAGGAGAUUGUGGUGGUGGUCCACCUGGCCGACUUUGACCUGGUGUGGUGCGAGAACCUAGUGCAAGAAAUCACCAGGAAGUUCGCCCACCACAUCAUAGCAGGGCGCCUGCUGGUCAUCCAGGCUCCGGAGGAGUAUUACCCGUCUCUAGACGGCCUCAAAAGGAACUACAACGACCCGGAAGACCGGGUCCGGUUCCGCUCCAAACAGAACGUAGACUACGCCUUCCUCCUCAACUUCUGCACAAACCUCUCCGACUUCUACAUGAUGCUGGAGGACGACGUGCGCUGCUCCAGGAACUUCCUGACCUCCCUGAAGAAGGUGAUCACCUCCAGGGAAGGAUCCUACUGGGUGAUGCUGGAGUUCUCCAAGCUGGGCUACAUCGGGAAGCUCUACCACUCCAGAGACCUGCCACGCCUGGCCCACUUCCUGCUCAUGUUCUACCAGGAGAUGCCGUGCGACUGGCUCCUGAUUCACUUCAGGGGCCUGCUUGCCCAGAAGGACGUGAUCCGCUUCAAGCCCUCGCUGUUCCAGCACAUGGGCUACUACUCCUCCUACAAAGGGGCCGAGAACAAGCUGAAGGACGACGACUUUGAGGAAGACUCCAUAGACAUACCGGACAACCCUCCGGCCAGUCUGUACACGAACAUCAACGUGUUUGAGAACUACGACGCCACCAAGGCCUACAGCAGCAUAGACGAGUACUUCUGGGGGAAGCCUCCCUCCACCGGAGACUUCUUUGUUAUCGUCUUCAACAAGUCGACCAAAAUAAACAAAAUCAAAAUCAUCACCGGGUCGGACGAUCGGCAGAACGACAUUCUCCACCGUGGGGCUCUGGAGGUGGGCGAGAAGCUGGUGGGAACCAAAAAGGGAAAACAGUGCACAUCCUACAUCACAUUGGGGGAGUUUAAAAAUGGCCACAUCGAGGUGCAAAACGUGGACCAUAAAAUUGCCUUUGACAUUGAGUGUGUCCGUAUUGUGGUGACAGCAAGUCAAAAAGAAUGGCUUAUCAUUAGGAGUAUCAGUUUAUGGACUACACAACCCCCGAGUCAAUGAGGACUUGGUGUUAUGACUCAUAUAGGCAAAUCUUUUUUAUUAUUUAUUAAUUUAGGUACUUUCUGGUUAUUUAUCAAUUCAUGGAUGUUAUUGUGUAUUUAUAAGAUAUAAUUUGGAUAUGCGAAAAAUAAUCUUUUAAUUUUUUUUUUUAUACCCACAGGCAAAAGUAUUAUCUUUGGUGUUCAAAUUUUUCGACUCGUUACAAAGGACUGCUUUUACCUGGUUUGACCUUGAGGAUUCAUAAAAGUACUUUGUUUUCUAUAAGUUUUCAAAGUCAUUUGUUUAUUUUUUCUUUCAAAUCCAUCCUCACUGUUCUGUUGGAAAGCAAUUAGCCAGCCGCAACCAUUUAGAAUUCAUUUCUCAAGGAAGAUAAAACACUCCAGCUUUCAAAUUGAAAAAUGCUCCGUGGUAAAUAAGACAGAAAUAGACCAUUGAAUAAAUCAAAAUAACUUAAUAAACCUAAUUGAUUACGAUAUAAAUAAUAUCUGGUGAAUGGAUGAUGAUUCAAGUCAGCCCUUUACACACUGAAAAGACGAUAAAUAAUUGGCUGAUGAUGCCGUCUAAAAGAGGAAGAGGAUGACCAUUAUCUAGUGCUUCACUCUGCAUCUUCGAUUUGUGUGCCUCUUUUUGGUGGCGAGUGGAGGGGUCUUUUUCUUCUCCUUUCCAAAGUGACGCCCCCCAACAGCAUUCUGUUGAUGGCCAGUCAUCCAUUCACGAGCGAUCAAACGACUGCUGGAGUGUAGCCGCGGGGACGCCACUCUCCGUGCGCGUCCCUAUUUGGCCUCCGAAUUAUUUCCACCCUUGGACGUCCACAAGGACGUUGCCUUGAAUAUUCAUGCGUGUCGUAUCUGA